AUGAAGCGACUGCUUCUGCUAUGCGGCGCUCUGCGUGCCUCUGCCACCAAGGGGAAGGAUGAGCCUCCUCUGGUUGCCAGACAGGUUGAUGGUGCCAUCUCGGAGGGAACCUAUUUCAGAAGGGGUUACCACUCAUCCGCCGUCCUGAAUGGAAGGGUUUACAUUGACGGCGGCGAGGUCUCCUUCUCGAACAGCUCCGAGACCGGAGGCGUCGAGUAUCAGUAUUCUGAUUCGCUCCUCUACAUUGAUAUCACAACGGACUUUUCACCCAGCUCAGUGACGGUGGCGUCCGUAGCCAAACCCUCGGGGGUUUCCAACCUAAUCCAAGGGGGUUUGUGGGUUGAUCAAGACGCCGAUGCGGUGUACACCGGCUUUGCGGGUUCCGCCUCAGCCUUUGGGGAUGGAGCAGAGCAACCGCAAGGGCUGUGGUCCUUCCAACCCGGCUCCGAUGGCACGAAUGGAACUUGGACCAACUUGAACGACACCACCGAUUCCUUUUUCGCGUCAGAAAAGCGGCCGUUCGGAGCCGCCGUUGCGAGUGGGAACGGCACCGCCUUCCUCCUCGGGGGCUUAGAUGUUUUUGGAUCGUAUCACGUUCCCAUCAGCGGGCUUCUCUCGUAUGACUUCGAUACACAGACCGUGACCAACACUAGUGUGUCCGCCUCCACCGAUGGCUUCCUGCAGAUGGGGUCGAUCCAGUACGUCCCCAACUUUGGGUCCGCAGGGAUACUGGUUGCCGCCGGGGGCAACCACGCGUACGUGACCAGCUCAGGAGAGUGGGCCAGCAACUGGCAGGCCUUCGACACAGUACAGGUGCUGGAUAUUGCGUCGGGCGAGUGGUAUGACCAGGUGACGACCGGCAGUGUCCCUCCAUUCCGGAUGCAGUACUGCAUGGCCGGGGCGGCAUCGUCGAACCGCACCUACGAGAUCCUGGUCUAUGCGGGCUGGAACAACACGCUGGGUGAGCGAGCCGUUUCGUACGAUGCUGCGUAUGUGCUGUCGCUGCCAUCUUUCAACUGGUUCAAGGCCGACUACGAGGCAGCGAACCCACGGCACGCCCUGACGUGCGAGCACAUCGGUGGUGGGCAGGUGCUGACCAUCGGUGGGCUGGACACGUCCCAGAACGACGCGGCUAACCAGUACCGAGGCGUCUUCCACACCAAGGACGACUUCCCUCAGGGCCUGGGUGUCUUCGACCUCAGCAGCUUGUCGUUCGCAACCAGCUUUGAGGCCAAUAGGACGACGUACGAAUAUGCAACCGCACUGCGCACCUAUUAUCAGACCCGCGACCGCGUGUCAAGCUCCAUGGGCGACGCGCUGCAGGCCGUCUUCUCGGUCGAGAACUUCACGAGCUCCGCCACCGCGGUCUCGGGCUCCUCGUCAGGCUCUGCCGGCACUUCGGGCGGCUCAACAUCGUCAUCCUCUGGAGGAGACUCCGGCUCUGGAACGACAUCCAGCUCAAACACUGGUACGAGUCGCACGGGAGCCAUCGCGGGCGGCGUGAUUGGGGGUAUUGCCGGCGUCGCCCUCGUCGGUGCAGCGGUGUUCUACUUCUUGCGCCGCCGCCGAGAGGGUCAGGACUAUCAAGGGAAAGGGGUUGUCAGUGUCAAUGAUGGGAAGACAUACCAGCUCUCGGACGGGUCGGAGCCAUUCGUGCAGCGCUACCAGGUGGCCGGCGACCCUGAGGCUGCUGAAGUACCGGGCAGCAAGCCACCGGGGUAUAAUCUAGGCGGGCGAGCAGAGUUAGCUUAA